GCCCCGGGGCAGCCAGGUGAGAGCGCGGCGGGAGCGGGCGGCCUCGCACCUGGGUUUUAACUUUUCCGGGUCAGGGGCGAGGGCGGAUGCCGGGUGGGAGAAGGGAAGCAGGGUGUAAACCUCCGGGAGUCGGCUCGGCGCUACCUGGAGCUUCCAGGACGGGCUCCGUGCCUUCAGACGGGAGGAGGGUAAGCACGGGGGCGGAGCGAAGUCUCGCGAGAUCCGGUGGUAGCUGCGGCAGCGGUGGCGGCGGCGGCGGCAGCGGCCGGGGAGGUUCAUAAUUAAGGUGCUAAGGAAGAGAAUGUAAGACAGGAAAAUAAAUAUUUUUACUGAGGCUGCGUAAAAGAGGUGUCUCAGUGGCUGGAACACAAUGGAUCACACAGGAGCCAUAGACACAGAGGAAGAGCUGGGGCCUCUAGCCCAUCUUGCACCAAGUCCUCAAAGUGAGUCUGUGGCUCACGAAUUCCAGGAACUGUCUCUACAGUCCAGCCAGCACUUACCCACUCUGAACGAACGGAAAAAUGGAAGUAUAGUCUUUGGGGAGUCAGGACUGCAGCUUCCUCUGCCGGCUCAGUCUGUGAGCACAGUGCUCCAGCUGAGGCUGCAACAAAGGAGGACAAGAGAACAACUAGUGGACCAGGGCAUCAUGCCACCUUUGAAGAGUCCAGCAGCAUUCCAUGAGCAGAUAAAAAGCCUGGAGCGAGCCAGAACUGAGAAUUUUCUGAAGCACAAGAUCCGGAGCCGCCCAGACCGCUCUGAGCUUGUCAGGAUGCAUAUUUUAGAAGAAACGUUUGCAGAGCCAUCUCUUCAGGCCACACAGAUGAAGCUGAAGAGAGCUCGGCUGGCAGAUGACCUGAACGAGAAGAUUGCUCAAAGGCCUGGUCCCAUGGAGCUGGUGGAGAAGAACAUCCUUCCUGUGGAUUCGAGUGUCAAGGAAGCGAUUAUAGGUGUGGUGAAGGAGGACUAUCCUCACACUCAUGGCGAGUUCUCAUUUGAUGAAGAUAGCAGUGAUGCUUUGUCUCCAGACCAGCCAGCGAGCCAGGAGUCUCAGGGCUCAGCUGCAUCCCCCAGUGAGCCAAAAGUCAGUGCCUCGCCACCUCCUGUGACUGCAAGCACUCCAGCCCAGUUUACCUCAGUGUCCCCAGCAGUUCCUGAAUUCUUGAAAACCCCUCUAACUGCAGACCAGCCUCCCACAAGGUCUACAGCUCCCGUGCUCCCUACAAACACUGUGUCCUCAGCGAAGUCUGGCCCAAUGCUGGUGAAGCAAAGCCAUCCCAAGAAUCCAAACGACAAACACCGUAGCAAAAAAUGCAAAGAUCCGAAACCGCGAGUGAAGAAGCUUAAGUACCACCAGUACAUUCCACCCAACCAGAAGGGGGAGAAGAGCGAGCCACAGAUGGACUCCAACUAUGCCCGCCUGCUCCAGCAGCAGCAGCUCUUCCUACAGCUGCAGAUCCUGAGCCAGCAGCAGCAGCAACAGCAGCAGCAGCACUACAACUACCAGACCAUCCUACCUGCACCCAUCAAAACUGACAAGAACAGCAGCAGCGGCAGUAACAGCGGCAGUAGCAGCAGCAUGCCGGCGAGGAGGCCAGGACCGCUGCCCUCCAGCUUGGAUGACUUAAAGGUGUCAGAGCUGAAGACAGAACUCAAACUGAGGGGUCUGCCAGUGUCAGGAACUAAACCAGACCUCAUUGAACGCCUGAAACCCUACCAGGAAGUGACCAGUAGUAACCUUGCCACUGGCAGUAUUGUGGCAGUGUCAUCAGCAACCAUUGUCACCAGUAACCCAGAGGUCACAGUGGCACUGCCAGUCACAACACUGCAUAAUGCUGUAACAAGCUCUGUGUCCACUUUCAAGGCAGACUUGGCACUUCCUGCAACCAGCAGUGUGCCCCAUGUUGAAAAUGCCCACUCUCCUCUGCCCAUCUCCCCAUCACCCUCUGAGCAGUCCAGUCUCAGUACCGAUGACACAAACAUGACAGACACCUUCACAGAGAUCAUGACUAUGAUGUCACCUUCCCAGUUGUUGUGUUCAUCUCCCCUGAGGGUGGUGAGCCAUGAUGACAGCCUGAGCCCUUCCAGUAGCACCCUGUCUACUCUAGAACUGGAUGCUGCUGAGAAGGACCGCAAACUUCAGGAGAAGGAGAAACAGAUUGAAGAACUGAAGAGGAAACUGGAACAAGAACAGAAGCUUGUGGAGGUCCUCAAGAUGCAGCUUGAGGUGGAAAAACGUGGGCAGCAGCGACCACCAGACCCUCAGCCCAGUGAUCCCCCACAUCCCUUUAAUACAUCAGAUCCUAAACAUGGCAGUGUUGGGUCCUCCAUCAAGGAUGAGGCCUCACUCCCUGACUGCUCCAGCCCCCAGCAGCCCAUCACAGUGCCUGGCCACUCUGUAGGCCAGCCCAUCUCCACGGGUAGCCAGACCCUUGUUGCCAAAAAGACUGUGGUCGUCAAGCAAGAGGUCCCCAUGGCCCAAGCAGAGCAGCAGAACGUUGUCUCGCAGUUCUACCUUAGUUCCCAGGGACAGCCACCUGCCCUUGUUGCUCAGCCUCAGGCCUUACUGACCACACAGACAACUCAGCUGCUGCUGCCAGUGUCCAUCCAGGGCUCAAAUGUUACUUCAGUGCAACUCCCAGUAGGCAGCCUUCAACUCCAGACCCCAGCACAAGGAAGAGUCCAGGCUCAGCCUCAUGUAGCUGCUGCCACACAGGUUCCAGCUGCAGCCCUGCCCUCAGCCUUGACCUCAGCACUGCCUCAGAAGCAGGAAGCCUUCCCACAGCACGUGUUGGGCCAGCCUCAGCCAGUCAGAAAGGUCUUCACAAACUCGGCACCAAACACAGUUCUUCAGUAUCAGAGGCAGCCUGGCCCAACGAACCAGCAGCCCUUUGUCAGUAAGACCUCUAACCCUGCUCUUCAAUCCAGAACUGCCCCACUUGCACCCCUGCAAAAUGGACCCAGCCUAGCCAGCAAGCCUAGCUCACCACCCCCACCCCAGCAGUUUGUUGUUCAGCACUCUUUGUUUGCAACCCCAAUCACGAAGACAAAAGAUCCACCUCGAUAUGAGGAAGCCAUCAAGCAGGCACGUAGCACACAGCCAGCCCUUCCAGAGGUUUCCAGUGUGCACAGUCAGCAGAUGGACGACCUCUUCGACAUCCUCAUAAAGAGUGGAGAGAUUUCCUUCCCAAUAAAAGAAGAGCCUUCUCCAAUUUCCAAGAUGAAACCAGUGACAGCCAGCAUCACCACAAUGCCAGUCAAUACCGUGGUCUCUCGACCACCGCCCCAGGUCCAAAUAGCACCACCUGUAUCCUUAGAACCUGUGAACAGUUUAUCUGCCAGCUUAGAGAACCAGCUAGAAGCCUUCUUGGAUGGCACUUUGCCCUCGGCCACUGACACUGGCCCACUGCAGAACAGCAGUGAAGAUAGAGAGUCUUUCUCUCUGAUCGAGGAUCUGCAGAACGACUUGCUGAGUCAUUCCAGCAUGCUGUACCAGUCUCACUCUCCCAUGGAGACCUCUGAGGCCCAGUUGGUGUCAGGGACCCCCUGUCUAUCUCUUGACCUGUCAGACUCCAACCUGGACAACAUGGAGUGGCUAGACAUUACCAUGCCCACCACAUCCUCCGGGCUCACUCCACUGAGUACCACUGCGCCAAGCAUGUUCUCUGCUGAUUUUCUGGACCCACAGGACCUGCCGCUGCCAUGGGACUAAGGUCACAGGUCUCUUGUUUCAGAGCUCGUGAGAUUUGGAAACAUGGAAACAAACCUGAGAGGCCAGUGUUUAUAGCUGGAGCCAUAGCUGCACUGUCGAAGUCAAAAUACAUUGUCACAGACAAAAAGGAAGGCCACAGCCUGGAAGCCAAGUGUGAGAGACUCCACAGAGACAGUUGUAUGCAGAGCCCUUGUGAAAUGCCUUAGCUAAAGCCAAAGGUCAGGAAAUGGCACUAGGCUCUGGUCAUCAGCCACCUUUUAUCCUCUGUGGUCACCUCGUGGCCCUAAUAAGAGGCAAGCAGCUCAACUUGAAACACCAGGCCACCCACAAGGGAGGGAGGGGAAGAGCCACUGCACAUGUGCUCCUUAGAGUGGCCUACGGCAGAUCAAUAGCAAGGUCAGAGGCACCUGAGCACUCUGGGCAGCCAGCAGCAGCUUCCAGCCAGAGGCUUUGAGUCCCACUUUGAAAUCUGCGUGAUUGUGUGAUGUCAUAGGUCAUUUUGUGAAUUUGGGAAUCAAAAUGAUGAACAACCUUUUACCAUCAACACAUGUCUACAAGAUACUGUCACACAAGAGCCCAGUGUAUUGAGUCCAGAUACAUUGAUAGUGCUGCAGCUUCCCCAGUGGCCUUGGGUGAAUGAGGUUGAUUCUCCUGUGAUGUUAGACAUUGGAAUGUGCUUUGACCUUGUGACCUCUACAGUCUUUGGUAGAGUAAAAAGAUGGCGUCGACUGGUCCUACUUGUAAUAAGUCAGAUAUCUCUAGAGUACUGAGCCACACAGUGUCUCCAUCUUUGAAGACUUGCCGACAGACUCUCUCAGGUGACCAUGCCCAUCUCAAAGAACCAAAAAAAGGCUUCAGCAUGAAAUUCCUUCUCAACCUAAUGAGUUAAUGGAAGGUGUGGGCCUUGAGCACAGGUUAGACCAACCCCCUGUCACCAGCUCCCUGGUUCUCAUUGCAUAGGCUUGUAACUGCCUGCUCUCAAGUCUAAACCUAAAAACUGGAGGUUUUAUUCCUCUUUUUCCCCUUGAUCCGUAACAGAAAAGUUAUGUUUAUCAAGUGAUUUAAGAAUUGUUUAAGAUGCCAACUGCCACAGAUUUUCCACAACUCUUGAUCUAGUGAUUUAGUUAUUGACAAAUUGUAAAUAACUGACCAGAGUAUGGAAUUUUUAUUCAGUGACAGCCCUUAUCCUAUCCCCUUCCCAUCCCCUUUAACCUGAGCCAGGUGGGCUUCCUACAUCAAUCCACAUGUCUCUUCCACAGCACAUCCAGGCAGUAUCCUGACCCAUCAUCUAGAGAGAACCUUAAUCAUUUCUGAGGAGGUUUUACCCCAGUGAUCAAAAUGGUCCCUUUUCCUGGCUUUAACCUCUGGCAAACAGCGCUCUCUCAACUGAAGCUUGGCAUUCUGGUGGGCAGGGCCCACUGAGCUCAGGUAAUCCUCUUGUUUAGAAUCUGGUAGGUCAGUAUUGGGAGGCACCAACACUAGGGUAGCUGGAUCCUGUCAUCUGACCAGGCCUCCUGAGGUUGGCUCUGCUGCAACUGAGGACCUGGGAAGGCGUGCUCCCCGUGGCAAUGCCAGCUCUAGGUUUGGGUGGAGAGCUUUAGUCCUUUCUCUACAGCUUUGAGUGUCCACUUAAAGUAGUAUCAAGUAUCAGUGGGUUUCUCAAAGCCCAUAAUUACUAUUAGUGUGUUUCCUCCUGUAGAAAAGUUGUGAGUAAAGACAACAUUCUAGCCCUCAAGUCCCUUCUAUUGCUUUUUAAGUUAUUUUGAAGCUUGCCACAGGAAAGACAAUCUCCAAACACAGUGGAUACAGAGGAGGUCAUCUCAGUUGUUCAUGUGCCCAUCCCAUCCAGCCUUCAGUCCCAUUUCUUAAGAAGGCAAGGGGCCUCCAGCCAGUGGCUUCACAGCCAACUCCCUCACAGCAUUCCUUGCCCUAGUCCCCUGGCUUGAGCAUCCUGUAGGUACAUGUGACACCAGUGACGUGAGCGACACUUGAUAGACCUCUCGCACAUGUUCUGGACAAAUGUGGGCAUCUUUCCCAUAGGCUCACAUCAAUGUGUCAUGACCAAAGACCGCUCUAUAAAAAGGCCUCUUGACCUAGUCCCAGACCGCAGUGAGUGCAUUGGAAAUGGUGUGUAUCUGAAGACGAAUUUGUUGUUUAAAGUUAGUUUCAGGCCAGCAAGAUGACUCAGCAGAUCAGGCCUGCCAACAAGCCUGAGAGGCUGAGCUUGAGCCCUAGAGCCCAUGUGGUAGAAGGGCAGAACUGACCCCCGAAAGUUGUGCUCUUAUCUCUAUAUACAGAGACACCUGCAAAUAGGUAUACAGUUAUUUCACAGUCAUUAAAACACAGGUCAGAGAGCCCAUUAAGUUCCCACUUGCAUGUACAGGGUACACGUGUAGUGUAGGCUUCUGUUUGUAUCACAUUGCCAAGAAAAUUCCUCUUAGAAGCCUGGAGUGUCGCAGUAGAGUCCAACCCCAGUCUCCCUCUUCUGCAGCAUCCACAGUGUGGUGGUGUCAACUUUACUUUCUGAGGCACAGACUGCCAGUUGUCUUACUGUGGUAGGAGGAGUGGAAAUAAUUACACCGUGGCUUCUAGAAAGCUGAUGUGGCUGUGAAAUUUCAGCAAGGCCUCUCUCAGAAGCCUCUGAGGCUGCGGCAGUACUCACUCAGGCAUCCAUUCAGCACACAGGCACACAGCACUCAUGCAACUUUUCGCUCACAUAUCAUCUCCGUUCAUUUCACCCAGAUAUUUUCUAAGACUUAGACUUUCUUUUCAAAAGCUCCAUGGUUCUUUGACCACGUGCUAUGCCUUACUCCAGAAAGCCAGGUCAGCUCUGCAGAGUCCGGGAAAUGGGACAGUGUUGUCACCCUGCGCACUCGGUCAGCGACGGGUGGGUAAGAGGGUCACCAGAGUGGACUGGAGCCUCAAGAGCCACUUUUCCAGGCAGCAAGGCUGUUCUCAUAGUUACUGUAGUAGUCUGUGCAGUGACAGCUGAGGAGGCAGCUGUCCCUCCAGGCAGGGCAGCCAUUUUACUUUCCCACAGCAGACCUGGCUCUGGGAAGUGGCCAAGAGGAGACCCAUCUUAUCUACACCCUGAACUGUUCCCACAGUGGCCAGUUGCAGAAGUUCUUUCUGGUAGAAGGCUGGGGACUCCAUUACCACUAGGAUUUGCAGAGAAAGCUGAGAGUGGCUGUUGAAUUCUGCCAGCAGAGCAACCAGGUCAGGGCCAGCAAAGUCAAGCAGCCUCGCCGGCCUCUGUCCAUCACAUCACACAACACACACAACACUGGGGAUAUUAAGUACACAGGGACCCACUGCUGCAGAGGACCAUUAACCCUAGGCUGUCCCGGCAUUCUAACUGGAAGGCAGGGCAGGUUUAUCAGGGAACACAGCUUGUGCUCACAGGAGUGUUUGGAGAGCAUCAUCCUGAACAUUCAGCUAAUUGUAAAAGAUCUCUGUCAAAACUGGAAAGUAGCAGUUCUGAUCUAGUCAUUUUUGUUUCCUGGUUCAAACCUUUCGAUCUCUUUUUUUUUUUUUUUUUUUUUUGGUUUUUCAAGACAGGGUUUCUCUGUGUAGCCCUGGCUGUCCUGGAACUCACUUUGUAGACCAGGCUGGCCUCAAACUCAGAAAUCCGCCUGCCUCUGCCUCCCGAGUGCUGGGAUUAAAGGUGUGCGCCACCACGCCUGGCUCAAACCUUCGAUCUCUUUUUCAUUUUCAUUUAAACAGUCUCUGGGCUCUGUUUUUAUUUGUCCGGUGACUGGGAGAGAGCAGGUUGUCCCCCCCCCCCAAGUGUCCCUGUGUCUUUAGUUACAGCCUACGGUUCAAAAAGCUGCACGUGUUUACAAGAAGCUCUUACCCUCCACUCAGGCCGCCGGCUCUGGGGGGGCGGACGUGUCCCAAGCUUGUGACAGCAGCUUGGCAAUCUCAGAUCCACGAGGUGCUGUCUGGAAUCAUGGGAGGCACUGGCAGUGAAAGGAAGGCUUUACGCCAAGGCCCAAGACAAAGCUUUAGCAGUGGGCAGACUCACUGGAAAGCCGCCCAGUUCUCUUACCUCUACUUCCUGCUGUGAGGGACCCACCCACCGACAGAAGAGGAAGGGUUAGGAAAGGGUUUGGAUCCAUCAAAAGUACUUGACCUCAAGAAACCAUUAGUAAUCCAAAAUGUUUAAAGGAACCAAAGGCAUCGCCAGGUAUUUGCCAAAAGCAGCCACUUUUAAAUUUUGAGACUGUGUUCUCAAGUCAGACCCCAAAAGGUUCCAUCUAAGGUUAUAAUUUCCACAGAGAUGUAGAUAUUUCUUACUUGUUUUCCUGUAAAAUAGCAUAGAGCUGUUUGUUGGUUUAAGAAUAACAUUCUUGGUAGCAACGCUGAAUUAUUUUCUUGUUUGUCAAGGUUAGUUAUCUGUUGCUUGCAAUGGACACGCAGGUGUUUUUCUUCUUUUCAUCUUCACAUAAUGUCUUAGCAUCUCACUUCCUGACAAGAAGGGAGAAAACACCAGUGGCAGCAACCAUGCCUGCUGAAGCACUUGUUAAUGAACAGAAAAUCAUGGCAGUCGGGGGUCCAUUCGUGUGUUGCCUUUAUGUUGUUUUUAAAAGACAAACCAUGAUGCCUUUGUACUUGCUGUUUGCACCCCUGACUCGAUUCUGUACUGUGUCUGAAUGCCAUACGUUUGCACUUGUACUGUACAUAGGCGAUGCAGACUGUAUUUUUAUAUGUGUGCGCAUUUAUCAUUGGAUCUUUUGUACAUAGUGGCAGUAUUGUAGCUGAUCGGGAAAUGUUUGAUAUCUCAGCAAUUUUGCAUUUUUGUGUCUCAAAUAAAAAACAUUUUGAUGUACCAUGA